AUGUCGGCUUUUUAUCCUGGCAAACGCCUUUCAACAAAAGGCGAGCGCUGUACAGUACGCUAUGUCGGCGAAAUCAAAGGCAAACAAGGCCAAUGGCUAGGUGUAGAAUGGGACGACCCAACUCGAGGAAAGCAUUCUGGAACUCACGAAGGAUUUGAGUACUUCAAGUGUAGGAGCUCGCAUCCGAAGGCUGGAUCUUUCCUUCGCCCUUCAGCCACGUGGGACCAAUCUAGGACUUUCCUCGAAGCUUUGAGGACGAAAUAUGCAGCCAUCGAAACCGGAGAUAAUGCAGCUGCAGCUCAAAAUACUAUCAGAAUCAGCGGUAAAGAAGCCGAAGAAGUUGGUUUCGAGAAGAUUGCUCGGCAACAGGCCCAAUUGCACAACCUACGUAUUGUAGUGCUGGAUGACUUGCUCGUCAGGGCCUACGAUAAUACAGAGACGACUUCGGAUGGACUUGAUCACAUACAAGAGACAUGUCCGAAUAUCACUGACCUUGAUUUGGGAAGAAACCUCUUCGAGACACUUUCUGAGAUUUCUGAUAUUUGCGAUCGUCUGCCAAAGCUGAAGUUCUUGAGACUCGAUGCGAAUCGUCUUCGGGAUGUUGCAGGGCGAGCUGAAUCUAUUGCGUCUGCGUCUGGUCUAGCUCAGAUCACUUCCGCAAGUCUUGAUCAUAUGCUUUGUACAGACGAAGAGUUAGAAACACUUUCAAGUUGUAUGCCUAACAUCAGAGACUUGUCUGCAUCAACCAAUCAACUGGGUUCCCUGGACUACUGUGAUCUUCCCUAUACCCUGACUUCGCUCACAUUAGAAGACAACAACUUCACAAGUCUAGAGAACGUAAAGCGGUUGGCCAAAUCAAGCCCACUCCUCAAGACGCUGAACCUCAAAAACAACCAAAUCACGAGCACAUUCAAGGACCAGCAGCGAACUGAAUCCUUCACGCUGCCAGAGACUAUUGUGGAUGUUGAUCUUGCAUACAACAACAUCACAUCAUGGAGCAUAAUCAAUGAGCUUCCAUCAAAAAUCCCAGGAUUGAAACAUUUGCGUAUUGCCCACAACCCUCUCUUCUCUUCACUGCGCUCAGCGGAUGGCAAGCCCAUGACUUCAGCCGACGGAUACAUGCUCACAAUCGCCCGACUACCUCAACUCGAAACACUCAACUACUCAAAGAUUACAGACAAAGAACGCUUGAACUCAGAAUCAUACUACCUUUCCCAAAUCGGUAGACAGCUGUCUCUUGCACCAAAGGAGAAAGAGAAUGAAAUCUUGUCUGCUCACCCGAGAUGGAAAGAGCUAUGCGAAGAGUAUGGCGAGCCAAAGAUUGAGCGACGAACAGAAAGUGGUAUCGAUCCCAACUCCCUCGCCGCAAGACUACUGGAAUGCACUAUCUACUCGCCAGCCGCCGCACAUCUCAGCACCCUCCCGAACGAGCACAACCCGCUUGUAGUUGAGAUACCGAAAUCCUGCAGCAUCUACAAAGUCCACGGUGUCAUCGGUAGACGCCUAGGUCUUGAGCCCACACAACUGCGCCUAAUCUUGGAGACUGGCGAGAAGGAUCGCGUAGACAUGGCUACAUGGAACGGAGUAGAAGCAUGGGAUUCUGAUGAAGAGGAGGCAGAAGAAGUUGGUGAAGAGUGGAAGGAAAGGGAAGAAGAACUUGUUGCAGGUACGAGACCAUUGGGUACUUUUGUUGAUGGACAGAAGGCUAGAAUUAGAGUUGAGCUCAAGGCUGGUGUUGGAACAAGGCAAUGA